AUGUCUCACCCCAAAGUCACCAGGCGCAAAAGGCGCACCGAGACUUUGAAGAACAAGAUGAAGGAAUACUCUGACAUCUUUAACGUGAAUAUCGCCAUAAUCAUUCAAGACAGAGCCACGAUGCAAAAACAAACCUUCACAUUCUCACACGACCCUGGUUGGUUUAUCACUCCAAGUAGCUCUUCGCAGUCCAGUGAAAUAGUAACCUGGCCGGAAAACAAACUCUCUAAUGCAGAGCGUCUGAAGCAACGAUUUGAGCAGCUGAACUUCGAGUGCCCACCCUGA